AAGCCGACGCCCAAGAUGGCGGCAGGAUUGAAAAGUUGUUGCCGCCGCUGCUGCUGAGUCCGCGGCGGGGGCCGGCGGGAGGCAGCGCGGCUGGCGGGGCGCGGGCCGGCCAUGGCCGCCCGGUGAGGGGGCGCUCGGCCGGCCGCCGACGGGGCGGGGAUGCCCCCGGGGGGCCGAGGCAGCAGGAGCCCCGGGCAGCCGCCGCCCCUCACCCCCCGCCUGAGACAUGGAGGAUGAGGGCAAGAAGGGCAAAAAGCAGCCUGGAAUAGUGUCCCCUUUCAAACGUGUCUUCCUGAAAGGUGAAAAGGGUCGGGAUAAAAAGGCCCAGGAAAAGGUUACGGAAAGACGACCUCUUCAUACAGUAUUGCUCUCCUUGCCUGAUCGAGUUGAACCAGACAUAUUGUUGAAUGACUACAUUGAAAAGGAAGUCAAGUAUUUAGGCCAACUAACAUCCAUCCCAGGGUACCUGAAUCCCUCCAGUCGUACUGAAAUAUUGAAUUUAAUAGACAAUGCAAAGAGGGCACAUCAGCUCCCAGGGCAGCUGACCCAGGAACACGAUGCUGUGAUUAGUGUGUCUGCCUACAACGUCAAGCUGGUGUGGCGGGAUGGAGAGGAUAUCAUACUCAGGGUCCCCAUCCAUGACAUUGCAUCUGUGUCAUACAUCCGUGAUGACUCCUCACACCUGGUAGUGCUGAAAACAGCUCAGGACCCUGGGAUUUCCCCAAGCCAGAGUCUUUGUGCAGAAAGCUCCAAAGCACUUACUUCAGGAUCGCUGUCCGAGAGUGGAGUGGUGCCUGUCGAAGCUUGUUGUUUGGUGGUCCUGGCUACAGAGAACAAAGUAACUGCAGAGGAACUCUGCUCACUUCUCAGCCAAGUCUUCCAGAUCGUUUACACUGAGUCCACAAUAGACUUCUUAGAUAGAGCAAUAUUUGAUGGGGCCUCAACACCAACGCGCCAUAUGUCCCUACACAGUGAUGACUCUUCAACAAAAGUGGAUAUUAAAGAAUCUUACGAAACAGAAGCAAGUACUUUCUCCUUUCCAGAAUCCUUGGAUACAGGUGGCAACUCGCCUUCUUCCUUCUCAGCGCCUCAGUCUCCACAUGUUAAGACGGUCAGUGAAAGCGAGCUGAGCACCACAGCAACGGAGCUGCUUCAGGACUACAUGAUGACGCUAAGAACCAAACUCUCUUCCCAAGAGAUCCAGCAGUUUGCAAUGCUCCUGCACGAAUAUCGCAAUGGGGCUUCAAUACACGAAUUCUGCAUCAACCUAAGACAACUCUAUGGGGACAGUAGGAAAUUCCUGUUACUAGGCACAGUGAUAUGCUGCUAAGAACCAGUGGGCUUCCACGAGUACUGCGCCCCUUCACCUGAUCCACAGCCAGGAGAGGCACUGGGGAAAUCAGCUGCGGGCCUCCCCAGAAACACAGCGAGGGAAGGAGGCUGGGUCACUCUGAAGAUGGCUCCGACUGAAAGCUUUUACCCUUCGCCCCUGGGAGCUACAAAGCACCUGUUCACGUUCAGCCCACGUCACUGGAAAGGGAGGGACUUUGGGGGCUGGGUCUCCUCUCUGGAGGAUCUCUUUGGGGAAAACCCCUGGUCAGGUCCACCUUAAAACCAACUUGGUUGCUUUUAUAUAGCUUUUUAAAGCCCUGUUAGUGAUGGAUAGUAGCACAGAGGCCCUCCUCUGAGAUCAGGGCCUGCAUUGUGCCUGGCAUACAUGCAGCGAGGGUCUGCCCCCAAGCUGCUCUUUUGAUUGCAACACAAAGGAUGAUUCCCCCCCUCCUCCCAAGGGUGAAGGGUGAGCCACUGAGAUUCAGUAGCUUGCUCAGGAAAGCUGUGGCAGGGCUGAGACCAGAACCCUGAUCCAAUAGGCAACUGGAUAGCUAAGAGGAAAGCUACUUCUAGGCACUCCAACCCUGAAUGGUGAGCAGCUUUGCAGCCCCUUGCCAAUCCCCAGCCAAGCAAGCAACACCAUUGGUGGUGUCAGUCCUGUAGCAUGGACUCUGCUUAGGACAGUAGGGCAGUUCUCCUGCCUGCCCUGUCCCAGCAGGAUGAUGGGAGAGUGGUUUGACUCACCAUGUCUAGGUAUCACUAGUACCUGGUGUUAGUGACACAGGUCCUUUGUUGGAUUCCUCUGGCAGAUGUCCAGUAAUGUAACCAUCGGGUAUUUACACGUUGGAAAGCUAGAAGCUACCUAGGGAGCCUGCUCUCCUGCCUUUAUCCUGUUGUCCUGUAAUAGUGUAAUUACCACCAAGAUUUUGCUGCUUACAUUCAGCUGCUCUCCCAUGCAAGGUGAGGUGCAUUUGGAGCAACUAAUGUCUAUCAGGGAGGAGAGGACAGACUAUUGAUUUCCUCCAACACCAUUCCCUAUGCUUUCCAAGCAGGCAAUACCAAGCCAUGAAAUCCUGCUUGCCUCCAGGCUUAGCUUCUGAGCAGCCCAAGAUACAGAACUCAGCAUUUUCCUCCAGGGACCAUGCAAAGGGAGUUUGAAUCUAUGCCCAAAUCAGCACUGACCAGACUCCAAGUUCAUGCCAAGCACUGAUGGGAGCAGCUGCUGGAACUUCCCCCUCCAUGUUCAGCUUUGCCCCACACCCAGUGUUACUCUGACUUCAGCUUGAUUUCGCUAAGCAAGGCUUGACAUCUGCUCUAGAUUCCUGAGCAGGAUGUUGGGGAGGCUUGCGUAGCACAGAGAGCCUGCACUGAACCGGCAGAUGCCAAGCAUGACCUUGGGAGCGUGAUCAGCAUUACAGGAAAACUUCAACCCCAGAGACAAAUGAUCAUUUCGGUCUUUGCUAUGGAGACCACACCCUGACUUAAAAAGGUACUCAGCUUUUUUUUUUUAAAUGGAUUUAUAAAAAGCUUGCACUUGGGAGUCACCAGGUUUUUCCCAUCUAGCACUGCAGUAAAGUGCCCAUAAGGAGGUUUCCUGCUCCC